AGAGAGAGAGAGAGAGAGAGAGAGAGAGAGAGGAGGGGGGAGAGAACGACACCAGUAAAGGAAUGAUUCUGUCAUUUUGUUUGCAAGAGAAGAGAGAGGAGAGAAGAGAGGAGAGAAGAGAGGAGAGAAGAGAGGAGAGAAGAGAGGAGAGAAGGUGGCACAGAACAGAGAGAAGGGAGAUACUAGAGAACAUGCACACCGCCCGCUGACAUACAUUCAGGAAUCAUGUUGACUCUACCGUAUGAAGAACCAGAUAUGACGUAUGAGCCCCGGUUUGGAGUCAACUACCCCCGUGGGAGCUUACCGGAUCUGGAGCCAAACCCGAUACACAGCCUGAACGUCACGUCGAACCCGGAGAGAGAGGGUGAGGAGGAGCCAGACCCGAUACACAGCCUGGACAUCACGUCGAACCUGGAGAGAGAGGGCGAGGAGGAGCCAGACCCGAUACACAGCCUGGAACUCAGGUCGAACCCGGAGAGAGAGGGUGAGGAGGAGCCAGACCCGAUACACAGCCUGAACGUCACGUCGAACCCGGAGAGAGAGGGCGAGGAGGAGCCAGACCCGAUACACAGCCUGGACAUCACGUCGGACCCAGAGGAGGGUGACAUCUCAGAAAGAGAGGAUGAGGAAGAAGAGAGAGAGGAUGACAUCCAGCAGGAUGAAAACGGACACCCCAGAAAGAGAGGACCACGGAGAAAGAAGUUGACAAAAGGUAGACAGGAGAGGGUCACGGUGCGCCGUCAUGAGGCAAACGCCCGUGAGCGCAGCAGGAUGCACGGUCUGAACGACGCGUUAGAGAGCCUCCGAAAGGUGGUGCCCUGCUACUCCAAGACCCAGAAGCUCUCCAAGAUAGAGACUCUGCGCCUGGCUAAGAACUACAUCUGGGCCCUGUCAGAGACGCUGUCUGCGGGCAAGAAGCCGGACCUGCUGGGGUUCGUUCAAACUCUGUGUAAGGGCCUGUCCCAGCCCACGACCAACCUGGUGGCUGGCUGUCUGCAGUUGAAAGCCAGGUCCUUCCUCACGGACCACAACGGAGAGGUGACGUACCCCGGUAGUACGGCCCACUAUGACAACAUGUAUCCCUACCCCGGGGCAGAUCUGGGCACGGCCCCUGGACAAGCCUGCAGCACCCUGGGCAGCGCCAAGCCGUCCUACCACAGCCGGCACUACAGCUACGGUGGCCAGUACGAGCCGUGCUACGACCACACGCCUCCUGAGGGAGGAAGGGAGGGACACCUAGGCGGACAGAUCAGCCCUCCUCUGAACUUUAACGGCAUAUUCUCUCUGAAACACGACGAACCGGAGGAGUACGGGAAGAGCGGCCACUAUGGGAUGAGAUACAGUUCUGUGCCCGGUCACGGCUCCCUCAGCUCGGCAUCCAUGUACCGGGUAUCGCCAGAGGGCCGGUUACACUAUGAAUUACACCUUCGGUCCGCAGGGCAGACCCACAAGGCUGAGACUCAGAGCCAGUAGGCAGAACUGCCAGGCUGGGACUCAGAGCCAGAAGGCAGAGCUGCCAGGCUGGGACUCAGAGCCAGAAGGCAGAGCUACCAGGCUGGGACUCAGAGCCAGCAGGCAGAGCUACCAGGCUGGGACUCAGAGCCAGUAGGCAGAGCUACCAGGCUGGGACUCAGAGCCAGUAGGCAGAGCUACCAGGCGGGGACUCAGAGCCAGUAGGCAGAGGCAUAAUUAAUAGAACACUUAAAAGGUUAUACUUCCCCUGUUACUAUUCAUCACACACACACACACACACACACACACACACACACACACACACACACACACACACACACACACACACACACACACACACACACACACAGAUCACCAGUGGAAGGAGCACGGUGUGCCAAUACAAAGUGUUUAACAUGCAAUUUAUUGAUUGAUGAGUUUAUGAAUGUAUUAAUUUCUUCCCUGUGUAUUGAAUUAUCUAUGUAACUAUUUGUUUAUUCAUUGACCUUAACAUAUAGCAGUUUGUCACAGGGAAUUUAACACUGGUUUGAUUGCAAAUGUUGUGUAAAAAUAUUUUCUAUUGUGUUUUUAAAAUUGGGCCUAUAUCUAUAGCUGAUAAACAACUAGGCUACUGAAUCAUAUUAAUACAAUUAUUAUGAAAACUUGGAGACGACCAGCGGUGUAGAUUAUCAAGGUAAAAAGCAAACACGAAUUAUCAUCUCAUCAGGGAAUUAUGUUUCAUUUGACUUGUUUUCGCCGUGAGGAGACCUGCAACAAUCUUCUAUAAAGAGACGCAAUGCCAGAAAUAUCCCAACUACAGGAAGAGAUUCCAGAGAAACAUGUUCAAUACUAAUUUAAUCCCACAUAAGAAAGGCCUCUGUAAUGCUAUAGGCCUUUGUGCUGACUGGGUGCAUGUUGGAAUAUAGGUGUUUAAAUAAGGCUCAUUAAUUAUGUCGUCGUGCCAAAGCCUCAACGCAGCAGCUAAGCUCAAUGUGUGCUCAAAUCAAAUUAACGCUUCAACUGUAUAAAAGUCGAAGGAAAAUGCAUUUGUAUUUAAAUCAGUGAAGUAAAAAAAGGUGAAUGUGAUCGCUUAAUGUAUUUGAAAAAAUGAUGAUCCAUUAGUUUACGAAUAGGCCUACUUCAUUUUUUUUGUCUUAAUAAUGUGUUUAAAAAUAAUGUGAAUGAUAUAAUUUUGUGAAAAUGUU